AUGAAGCAGGUAGAGGCGCGGGCGGGCGGCGCGGGGCGGCGGGCUGCGGCGGCGGCGCGGCCUCCCCGCCCCUCGGCGCUGACGGGAGCGCUGUGGGGGUCCCCGCCGCAGGCGCUGGUGGACGACACCGAGGACGUGUCUCUGGACUUCGGCAGCGAGGAGGAGCUGGCGCUGCGGAAAGCCAAAAUCAGGCACCCACUGGCCACCUUUUUCCACCUGUUUUUCCGAGUGAGUGCUAUUAUUACCUACUUGUUCUGUGACUGGUUCAGCAACAGCUUUGUUGCCUGUUUUGUCACUAUUCUCCUUCUUCUAUCCUUUGACUUUUGGUCAGUUAAGAAUGUGACAGGAAGACUCUUGGUUGGUUUACGUUGGUGGAACCAGAUUGAUGAAGAUGGAAAAAGUCACUGGGUAUUUGAAGCAAAAAGGGUGCCUACAAUAGCUGCCUCAACUGAAGCUGAAGCUCGAAUCUUUUGGCUUGGCCUCAUCAUCUGCCCAGUGAUUUGGACAGUGUUUUUUUUCAGCACCUUGUUUUCCCUGAAGCUGAAAUGGCUGGCUCUUGUCAUAGCUGGUAUCUCCCUUCAGACUGCUAAUUUAUAUGGAUACAUCCACUGCAAAUUAGGGGGACAGAAAAGCAUCAGCAAAAUAACUUCAAGGUUUUUUGUCACAGCAGAUGUUGCCAAGAGACAGAGCAGGGGGAUUUCAGAAGACCGCAUUGAAGGACAUGGGAAGACAUGGACCAGAUAAUCAAUUAAGGAAAAACAAAAGGAGGAGCAGUAGGAGUACUCACUUAUAAAAGCCGUUUUUCAUAUGAAAUUAGUGAAGUAAAGCUCUUCUAGAAUUGCCUGCAUGAAAUAAUGAUUUUCUAUCAUUUGUGUUUGUGUUAUCAGUCUCCAAAACCUCUCAAUUUACUUCAAAAUGACUUUCACCAAAAGGCAGUUUGCUUGUAGUUGUGCAGAAGUUCAAAAAGCAGACAUUAUCUUGAGAUAAACCUGUAAACUAAACUGAAACUGCUAGAUUGUCCUGAGCAUUAGAAUGCAGCCAGAUGAUCAUUUGUUUAAUUCUGAAACUAAAAUCAAUAAAGUGAAAGUACCUUUUCCUUCUGUACACAA